AUGAAUGAGAGCGAAUUAAGGAAAUUAUUGCAAACCAAAAAUGGAUGUCGGGUGCCUGUUAUGUUGCCGAUUCCUGAUGUUCACAAAAUGGAUAAACUCCCCUUCACACCAUUACCACCCUACAAUCGAAUAAAGGAUAAACAAGCUAAAUUCCGAAAAAUACUUGAAGAGAAAGCCACCGUGAGAAAAGUGGCGAUAGCGCGUCCACUUAUGGAUCGCGACGAACGAGAUAGAUUCGAGAUAUCACAGUCCAGGCACAUCGCCGUCCUACGAGAGUGUGCCGACAAGAUACAACCACCACCUAUGCUCAAAUCUUGGGAGAGAAAAAUACAUGGGUUAAUUCCAUCAAAAUAUCGACAAUCUUUUCCAACACUCGUGGAUGAACUGAUCGAUGAGAGUAAAGCUGAAUGGAACCGGAAUCUCCACGACCUGGCAGUUAAAACUGUUAUUCGUGAUAUUCCUGGAGUUCCACGUAAACGUUAUCAAGAACCUUAUUUUAAAUUCCAUGGGAUCACUUCUAAUUAUGAAAAGAUGCUUAAAUAUAGACAGAAACUUCAAGAUGGUUCUUUGUUGUUGCAUCCGUUUAUAAGACUCGUUCUUGAAUCAUCAGAGAAAACUUUUCCGUCCUGCAUUAUUAAUUUGGGAAAGUACAGAGCUAAUGGUCCAAUAACCAUAGAACAAUUUUAUAAUAAAAUAAUGGAACAAAUUAAACGUGCUGAUUAUUUGGUGUCUAGUACUUGGUACGCUAUAUUGGUACAGUGGUUGAAAAAUCCCAGAUGCUUGAAAGGAAUGCGCUCUAAAAAGAUUCCUGAGUUUGUAAGAUGUGCUACUAAGAUGAUAUCAAUGCAAAUACAAGAAUUAAUGCGCAGAUCUAUCGACGCCAUUAUAGAUGCCCUGAAUGAUCCUGAUACUGUUCCGAUUCUAAAUAUCGACUUGGAUUUUGACGGCGAUUUUUUUUACGAUCCGUCUCUGGAAACAGUAUAUAAAGUUUAUCAUGACAUUGCGAAUGCCAUAUCACAUAUAUCACAAAGGCUUAUGCCAAUAGAACAGUAUCUUAAAAUAGCCUAUACUCAUGAUGCUUUACCAGUUAACUAUAAUGAAUGGUUAUUUAAAGAUGGCCACGAAAGACUACAAAAGCGACUCGAUGUAGUAUAUGCACCGUUAAUUCAAUAUUUAGAUCGCUUGAAAAAUGAAUAUUAUAUGUUAUAUGGCUUUCCAGCAAAAGAAGCUCUCUUAAAAUUCAUUGGAGAAGCAACGGAAUUUGAAGAGAGCCGGGAUAAAAUCAAAUAUUUUCAAGAAAUCGAUUCUGAAAUAACAGCUGUCUUGGAAAAUGAGUAUUUCAACUGCGCUGUCGUUUGUCAAUUAAGGAUGAUAGAUGGAUUGAAACGCAAAGCGUUAGAGUUCAUAAAUGAUAUUAUCGCUGGAAUAGUAAAAAGCCAUAUGGAUGAAAAUCAUAGCAUAUGCACCGAGUUUGAAACAAUAGCAGCUACAGCCUUAAAGGAACCUGAAAAUGCAGCUGAACUUGUUGAACAGGGCAUUUAUAUUUUACAUGCAAAAACGGUUUUAGUUGAAACACUUAAAGAAAGAAUACUAAGGCAGAUCGAAAUAAUUUCUAACCUUCUAGAAAUGACAUCGCUCACACCAGAGCAUGUUGCAUCAAAUACACGCACUGUAAAUUGGUUGAAGGACAUAAAACCAAUCUUUGAAAAGAAUGCAGCUGCUUAUGAAACUUUUAAAGCCGAGAUGGAAGAAAAUUUGUUAGCUAAAAUUGCUUAUCUCAAUAAAGAAGUAGUUGAAAUGACACCUUAUCUUGAACUUCUGGAUAACAUGGAUGAUAUAAACCACACUCAUGAAUAUCUAGAAUAUUUACGGAAGCUGGUCCAUCGUUUGGCAGAUUGUGAUAAAUUAGUUUUAUGGAUAAAUAACGAAGAGGCUACUUUUAAAUUUCCUCUUACGAGCUAUGUAGAUUUGGAAGAGUUAAAAGAUUAUAUCAUACCAUUUUACUGUCUCAUACAUUUAGUCCAUCGAUGGAAGCGGAGUUAUUAUACAUGGAUGGACGGAGUGUUUGAAUAUUUAGAUCAUAAUCAAAUUGAACAAGACCACGAUUUUUAUUACAAAGAAUUUUUAAAAUUAUCAAAAAGCUAUAAAAAUAAAAUUAAGCAACAAAUUGCUGAAGGAGUCGAAAAAAGAUUCCAAGGAUUAGUAGACGAUCCUGACGUGAAUAAUUUGCCUGCUCCGAUGAAGCUGUGUGCUCAAGCCAUUGCUGAAAUAAAAGAAUGGCGACCUAAUGUCCAAAUGGGACAUAUCAUGUGUAAUCCAGCAUUAGUACAGCGACAUUGGGAUGAAAUGUCAGGAAUAGCAGGCUUUGACUUAACACCGACGGCAGGUACGACACUGAGGAAAAUAAUUGAAUUCAAUUUGUGGGAUCAAAUUGAUGAAUACGAAAUUAUCAGUGUAGCAGCUACAAAAGAAUUAGCCCUGAUAACUAAUCUAAAUAAAAUGAUAGCUGAAUGGACAGAUAUUUGUUUUAAAACAAGUCCUUAUAAGGAUACUGGAAUUGGUAUUCUUUCGGCACUAGAUGAUAUACAAAGCGUUUUAGAUGAUCAUAUAGUUAAAACAGUUGGGAUGCGGGGUUCUGCAUUUGUUAAACCGUUUGAAGCACAAGUAAGGGGUUGGUAUGAUAAAAUCGUAAGGGUUAAUGCUACAAUAGAUGAAUGGGGAAAAGUACAGAGUCAGUGGUUAUAUUUGUUACCCAUAUUUUCGUCUAAAGACAUAGUUGCUCAAAUGCCAGAAGAAGGAGUUAUGUUUGUAGAAGUUAAUAAUAUUUACCGCCGAUAUAUGGGCUCAGUAGAUAAAGACCCACAUGCCCUUGAAUUAGCAUCUGGUAUAGGAGUCCUGGAAUCUUUUAAAAUUGCUUCCGCAAUGUUGGAAAAAAUAAAUGACGGAGUUAACAACUACUUAGAAAAAAAAAGAUUAUAUUUUUCUAGAUUCUUUUUUUUGUCAAACGAUGAAAUGCUGGAAAUAUUAUCGGAAACUAAAAAUCCUUUAAAGGUACAGCCCCACUUGAAAAAAUGUUUUGAAGGGAUUAACCGAUUGGUCUUUGAUGAGGAAUUUAAUAUUUCUGCAAUGAUUUCUAUGGAAGGGGAACAAAUCGAAUACUUAGAAACAAUUAGCGUUGCUGCUGCGCGAGGCUCAGUAGAAAAGUGGUUAGUUCAGGUAGAAGAUCAAAUGCUUAAAGCUGUCCGAUCUGAAACAGAAUUAUCUUAUUACGAAUACCCUAAUUUGGGUAGAGCUGAGUGGAUAUUAUCUUGGGAAGGGAUGGUGGUUUUGGCUAUAUCACAAAUUUACUGGGCUGUUGAUAUUCAUGAAGCAUUGAAUACACACAAAUUAAGUGAAUUACAAGCGUUUCAUAUGAGUUUGACAAAACAACUGAACGAGACGGUUGCAAUUAUACGACGUACAGAUCUAAGUAAACUUAGUAGUAUUACUGUGAAAGCUUUAAUUGUAAUUGAUGUCCACGCCAAAGAUGUGAUUUGGGACCUAAUUGGUAAAAAUGUUACAGAAGUUACAGAUUUCCAAUGGUUAGCUCAGUUGAGAUAUUACUGGGAGGAAGAAAGAGUUCUAGUUAAAAUUAUUAAUGCCGUUGUAAAUUACGCAUAUGAGUAUUUAGGAAACUCUGAUCGAUUAGUGAUAACUCCCUUGACUGAUCGAUGUUAUCGUACUUUAAUAGGCGCAUAUUAUCUUCACUUAAAUGGUGCCCCGGAAGGACCGGCUGGAACAGGUAAAACAGAAACUACUAAAGACCUGGCAAAGGCUCUUGCUGUGCAAUGUGUGGUAUUCAACUGUUCAGAUGGCUUAGACUAUAAGGCUAUGGGUAAAUUUUUUAAAGGACUAGCUUCUUGUGGUGCUUGGGUUUGCUUUGAUGAAUUUAAUCGAAUUGAAGUUGAGGUAUUGUCUGUUAUAGCUCAACAAAUAUUAUGUAUAGUACAAGCAGUAAGACAGAAGGUGGAAACUUUUGAUUUUGAAGGAACCACUUUGAAGUUAAAUCCUGCUUGUUAUGUAUGCAUAACUAUGAAUCCUGGAUAUGCAGGUAGGUCUGAGUUACCUGAUAACUUAAAAGUAUUGUUUCGUACUGUUGCGAUGAUGGUACCAGAUUAUGCUAUGAUCGGGGAAAUUUCUUUGUACUCAUUUGGUUUCAUGGAUGCUAGAAACUUGUCUGUCAAAAUCGUGACAACAUAUCGCCUUUGUUCAGAACAGUUAUCUUCCCAAAAUCAUUAUGAUUAUGGAAUGAGGGCAGUGAAAACAGUUCUAUCGGCAGCUGGUAAUUUAAAAAGAGCCUUUCCUGUUGAAAACGAAAGUAUUUUGCUUCUUAGGUCUAUCACUGAUGUCAAUUUACCCAAAUUUUUAUCUUUUGAUGUACCUUUGUUUGAGGGUAUUAUCUCUGAUUUAUUCCCAGGAAUAGCUUUACCCAAGCCAGAUUAUGUAAAUUUCCUGAAUGCUUGUAAUGACUCUUGUAGAACAAAUAAUCUACAACCAAUGGAAUGUUUUCUUAUUAAAGUUAUUCAAACAUAUGAGAUGAUGAUAGUAAGACAUGGAUUUAUGUUAGUGGGUGAUCCAUUUUCUGCAAAAUCCAUGACUUUAAAAAUUUUAUCUGAAGCUCUGACUUUGAUGGAAGAAAGAAAUCAACCUGGUGGCUGUCGUUGUACUUAUAAAGUACUGAAUCCAAAAGCAGUCACUAUGGGACAAUUAUAUGGAGCAUUCGAUCCUAUAUCUUACGAGUGGACCGAUGGUAUUGUUGCUACUAUGUUUAGAGAUUUUGCUUCAGAAGAUACUCCUGUUAGGAAAUGGAUAGUGUUUGAUGGACCCGUUGAUGCUGUAUGGAUAGAGAACAUGAAUACUGUUUUAGAUGACAACAAAAAACUUUGCUUGACAUCAGGUGAAGUGAUGGCUAUGUCAAACGUGAUGUCUAUGCUUUUCGAAGUUAUGGAUCUCUCGCAGGCAUCUCCUGCUACAGUAUCUAGAUGUGGUAUGAUUUACAUGGAAUCAGCUUCGUUUGGAUUUAUGCCAUUCUAUAAUUCAUGGCUGAAAAAUUUAAAUCCUAUAUGGCUUGAGGAAAAUGAAGAAUAUAUUUUUAAUGUAUGUGCGUGGUUAUUUGAUCCUUUGGUAUAUUAUAUAAGACGGUCAUGCAUACAAUUGGUUACAGCUGGAGAAGUAAAUUUAGUGAUGAGUACACUUAACUUGGUAGAAAUGUUAAUGGACAAUGCCAUAGAAGGUGAAGAAGAUACAAAGUAUACCAGAACUUGGUUUCUGGCAUCAUUUAUGACUGCUCUAAUAUGGGGAUUAGGAGGGAUAUUAAAUACAGAUUCAAGAGAAAAAUAUGAUGAUUUGGUGAAAGAAUAUUUCAGAGGAGAAAAAGGGAUCCCACCUGAGAUAGAUCGCUUAGACGUGUCAAUUCCAAGUGAAGGUAUGCUUGUGGAUCAUUACUAUAUGUAUAAAGGCAAGGGUUGUUGGAAACUAUGGCCUGAAGCCGUUAAAGCUGUCCAAGUAAAAGAACAGAUCAAUCUUUUACAAACUGUUAUCCCGACCCUAGAGACAGAAAAAUAUAUAUUUCUGUUAAAACUUCAUACGAAAUUUACGAAACCUUUGCUUCUCAUAGGACCUACGGGAACAGGGAAAAGCUUCUAUGUUCAGAACUUUUUGAUGAAUUAUCUUGACAUGGAUAAAUAUACCCCAGGAUUUAUUACUUUUACGACGACUACUUCUGCAAAUCAAACUCAGGAACUCGUCAUAUCCAAAUUAGUUAAACGAAGAAAAAAUAAUUACGGUCCCACUAGAGGUAAACAAGCUAUAAUUUUUAUCGACGAUAUGAACAUGCCUGCUAAAGAAGUAUACGGCGCACAACCAGCUAUCGAACUAUUGAGGUUAUUCUUAGACCAAAAGCACUGGUAUGAUCUGAAAACCACUGAAAAAUUAUACAUUUAUGACACUAUUUUUUAUGGAGCCAUUGGUCCGGUGGGUGGAAGUCGACAGCUAAUAUACCCGAGAAUGUUGCGCCAUUUCAAUAUUUACUCAAUCAAUGAAUUUUCAAAGGAAAGCAUGACUAAAAUAUUUACCUCUUUAUUGCAACUCGGUUGGAGAAGAAAUGGUUUUGGCCAAGAUACACAAGUAUACAUUGUUAAUAUCGUUGCAGCGACUAUGGAAAUAUAUGAUCAAGCGACAGAAGGUCUCAGGCCGACGCCUGCGAAGUCACAUUACAUUUUUAAUUUAAGAGAUUUUUCUAGAGUCAUCCAAGGAUGCGCUUUACUACGAAAGGAAUCAGCUGAUAAUAAAAAAACAUUUGCAAGAGUUUGGGUACAUGAAAUCAUGCGAGUAUUUUACGAUAGAUUAGUAGAUGACAAAGACCGUGCUUGGUUUUUUGAUAUUUUAAAAAAAUGUACGAGAGAUGUUAUGAAAGAGACGUUUGAAUCAGCUUUGGAACCGUAUUUAGAAGAAAAUGGAGAAGUGACUAUUGAGAGUAUAAAGAAAAUGAUGUUUGGUUGCUACUUAGAUACUGAAAGUCUCGAAGGUGAGAGAAAAUAUGAAGAAAUCCCUAAUAAGGAAGUUUUUUUAAAUGUUGCAAUCGCUAUGUUAGCUGAAUAUAAUAGUAUGCAUAAAGCUAAAAUGAAUAUUGUGUUAUUUGACUACGCUUUAGAACAUUUGUCAAAAAUCUGUCGGCUUUUAUCUAUGCCUUCGGGUAACGCUUUGUUAGUCGGAGUCGGUGGUUCCGGACGACAAUCAUUAACUAGAUUAGCAAGCACUAUUUUAGGACAACCAGUAUUUCAGCCUGAAAUCACUAAAUCCUAUAAUGUAAAAGAUUGGCAUGACGACAUCAAAUUAGUACUGCGUGAAUCGGGGGGUUUAAAUAAAGAUACUACUUUUCUAUUUACAGAAAGUCAAAUUAAAGAAGAAACUUUUAUUCAAAACCUUGACAGUUUAUUAAAUUCCGGUGAAGUUCCGAACUUGUAUGGUUUAGAUGAAAAACAAGAAAUUCUUGAACUUGUGAGACUCGCUGCUCAAGGAGGAAACAGAAAUCUUGACAUAAGCCCUCUUCAAAUUCUAGCAUUUUUUGUUGGAAGAUGUAAAGCCAAACUACAUAUAGUCUUAUGUUUUAGUCCUAUAGGAAGUGCAUUUCGGACAAGACUUAGAUUAUACCCUUCAUUAGUUAAUUGUUGCACUAUUGACUGGUAUGAUAGCUGGCCUGAAGAUGCCUUAGAAAUGGUAGCUCAUCAUUAUAUGGUGAAAGUUAAUGUUCCCGAUAAGGUGAAGUCAUCUGCAGUUAUAGCGUGUAAACAAUUCCAUGUCGAUGCACGACAUGUAUCACAAGAAUUUUAUAAUCAAUUUGGCAGAAAAACAUAUAUUACUUCCGCUUCCUACUUGGAUUUGAUUAAAUCAUUUACAACUUUAACAAAUAAGAAACAAAGAGAGUUAAGGGCAGCUAAACUACGAUAUACUAACGGUUUGGAUAAGCUUGGGCAAGCGGCGGAUGCGGUAUCAAUAAUGCAACGUGAUUUGAAUGCUUUAAAACCACAACUUAUCGUGAUGGCCGCAAAGUCAGCAAAGAUGAUGGAAGAGAUAGAAAAGGAAACUAAUAUUGCUGACAAAGCUGCAGCACAAGUGAGAGAGGAUCAAAAGAUUGCUAAUGUACAAGCCGCUGCUGCACAAGAACUAAAAAAAGAUUGUGAGGCUGAUUUAGCGCUUGCUUUGCCUAUAUUGGAAGAUGCUAUUGCAGCCUUGAACACUUUAAAACCUGCAGAUAUUACUAUUGUCAAAUCAAUGAAAAAUCCACCAGCUACAGUUAAAUUAGUAAUGGCAGCUGUUUGUGUUAUGAAAGGGAUUCCACCAGAUAAAAUACCAGAUCCAGAUAAUCCAGGUAAAAAAAUGUUUGACUAUUGGGGACCAAGUAAAAGAAUUCUUGGGGAUAUGAGUUUUUUAGAGUCACUGAAAAAUUAUGAUAAAGACAAUAUACCUGUAGCAACCAUGCAAAAAAUAAGAAAAGAAUAUUUAUCCAAUAAAGAUUUUAAGCCUCACAUCAUAGCUAAAGCGUCAACAGCAGCUGAAGGUUUAUGCAAAUGGAUAAUUGCUAUGGAUAUGUAUGAUGCAGUAGCGAAAGUUGUAGCUCCAAAAAAAGCCAAAUUGGAAGCUGCUGAAAAAGAAUUUGCAGAAACGAUGGCAAUAUUAGAAGAAAAAAAAGCGACUGUGGCUCGCUUAGAAGCAAAAUUAGCAGAGCUUAACGAGGCUUUAGAAGAAGCUAAUAUUAAAAAAAAAGCACUUGAAGAUGAAGUUCAGUUAUGUAUAGAUAAGUUAUAUAGAGCAGAAAAAUUAAUUGGUGGUUUAGGAGGAGAAAAGGUACGUUGGACUUUAGCUGCUGAAAAUUUACAAACACUAUUUGAUAAUUUAGCAGGAGACAUUUUAGUUUCAUGCGGCAUAAUAGCAUAUUUAGCGCCUUAUACUUUGCCGGUUAGAGUAAAGAUUAUAGAUAAAUGGCGUGAUCUGGUAAUUAAAUUGGCUAUGCCACAUUCAGAACAAUUUGUAUUUAAAGAUAUUUUAGGAACUGAUAUAAAGAUCCAAAAUUGGUGUAUAGCGGGUUUACCGCGAGAUUCAUUUUCUAUUGAUAACGGCAUUAUCCAAGAUAACUCUAUGAGAUGGUCCUUAUUAGUUGAUCCACAAGGACAAGCAAAUAAAUGGAUAAAGACAAUGGAAAAGGCAAAUGACCUUCAAAUUUUAAAAUUCACAGAUGGCAACUAUAUGAAAGUAAUAGAAACAUGUUUAGAAUACGGUAAACCAGCUUUGAUCGACUGUAUUUUAGAAGACGUGGAAGCUCCUUUGGAUCCUGUUUUACUCAAACACACAUAUAUGCAAGGCGGAAAAGAGUUUAUUGCAUUAGGAGAAAAUGUAAUUGAAUAUCAUCCAAAUUUUCGACUGUAUAUGACAACCAAAUUACGAAACCCGCAUUAUUUACCUGAAAUUUUCAACAAAGUUACCUUAAUUAACUUUGCUCUUACUAAAGAUGGCCUGGAAGAUCAACUUCUGGGAAUUGUAGUUGCAAAAGAAAGACCAGACUUACAAGAAAAAAGGGAAAAAUUAAUUGUCCAAGGAGCAGCGAAUCGGGCUGCUCUUAAACAAGUAGAAGAUGAUAUUUUACGUACUCUACAAGAAACUAAAGGAGAUAUUUUAGAGGAUGAAUCAGCAAUUGAAGUCUUGGAUUCCUCAAAACUAUUAUCAAUCGACAUAAUGAAAAAGCAGGAAGCUAGCUUAGAAACCGAGAUUAUUAUAGAAAAAUUUCGAUUAGGGUAUAGACCCAUUGCCUCCCAUUCAGCUGUGUUAUAUUAUUGCGUCACGGAAUUACCAAAUGUGGAUCCUAUGUACCAAUAUUCCUUAAUUUGGUUUAUUAACUUAUAUGUUAUUUCAAUUGAAAACGCGAACAAAUCCAAAGAUCUUGAUAAAAGAUUAAAAUUUUUAAAAGAUACUUUUACUUAUAAUUUGUAUAGCAAUGUAUGCAGAUCUCUUUUUGAUAAAGAUAAACUUAUGUUUUCGUUCAUAAUGUGCUCUAAGAUGAUGUUAUCUACUGGAGAAAUGAAUCACGAUGAAUAUUCGUUUUUAAUAACUGGUGGUAUUGCUAUUGAAAAUCCUUUGAAGAAACCACAAGAUUGGAUACCUGAUAAAGCGUGGGAUGAAAUAUGUCGUUUGUCUGAUCUACCUGCUUUUAAGGGUUUUAAGGAAAAUUUUGUUGGCAUUAUUAAUACAUGGAAAGAAGUGUAUGAUGAUUUAGAACCUCACCAUAAACCAUUACCUGGUGGGUGGGAAAAUAAAGUAACCCAAUUUCAGAAAUUACUUAUCAUAAGAGUACUUAGGCCAGACAAGCUAACUAUAGCAAUAUCCGAUUUCGUUGAAAAGCAAUUGGGUCGGAAAUACAUAACUCCCCCACCGUUUGAUAUAGGAAAAUCAUUUGGCGAUUCUAACUGCCUUGCACCUUUGAUAUUUAUAUUAUCACCUGGAUCAGAUCCAAUGGGAGCCUUGAUAAAAUAUUGUGAAAGAAUGGGAUACUCGCAUCGUUUCAAUUCAAUUUCACUAGGCCAAGGUCAAGGUCCAAUAGCUAGGGCAAUGAUCGAGAAAGCUCAAUUAGAAGGUGGAUGGGUUUGUUUACAAAAUUGUCAUUUAGCUGUCUCAUGGCUGCCUGUUCUAGAAAAAAUCGUAGAAGGGUUUGAUUUAACUAAUACAGAUUUGAGUUUUCGAUUGUGGCUCACCAGUUAUCCAUCUGAUAAGUUUCCACAGUCGGUUCUUCAAGUAGGUGUAAAAAUGACCAAUGAGCCACCUACGGGACUACAACAUAACCUUUUUAGGUCUUACAACUCGGAACCUUUAAAAGAGUCUGAGUUUUUCGAGGGAUGCCCUGGUAAAGACAAACCUUUUAGUAAGUUAUUAUAUGGUAUUAGUUUCUUCCAUGCCGUUGUUCAAGAAAGAAAGAAAUUCGGUCCAUUAGGAUGGAAUAUCCAAUAUGGUUUUAAUGAUUCGGAUUUCCAAAUAUCAAUAAUGCAAUUGCAAAUGUUUUUGAAUCAAUAUGAAGAUAUUCAAUAUGUAGCAAUCAAAUAUUUAACGGGAGAGUGUAAUUAUGGCGGUCGAGUAACGGAUGAUUGGGAUCGAAGAUUAAUUGUUACUAUCUUGGAUAAAUAUGUAAACCCAGGAGUUGUAAAUGAUCCUAAUUAUUUAUUUUGUGAUAUAGGAUCACAAUAUGGACUUCCUCGUCGAUGUGAAUAUCAAGAUUAUCUGAAGCACAUUGAAUUAGUUCCUGUAAAUCCACCCCCAGAAGUAUUUGGCCUUCACAUGAAUGCAGGCAUAACUCGCGAUUACACUAUUUCAAUGGCUUUGACAGCAGCUUUGGUACAUGUUGAAGGUGCAGGAGGUGGCGGUGAAGGUGGAAAUACAGAACAUAUUCUUAUGCAAAUGUCCUCUGAAAUAUUGUCCAAGUUGCCGGAGAGCUAUGACAUUGAAAUUGCACAAAAAAACUAUCCAGUGGAUUAUAAUGAAUCAAUGAAUACAGUACUUAUUCAGGAAAUGCAACGAUUCAAUAAGUUGCUUAAAGAAAUUCGAACAUCUUUGUUAGAUUUGCAAAAAGCAGUAAAAGGUCUUAUCGUUAUGUCACCAGCUCUGGAUAAUCAAGCGAAUGCUAUGUUGCUUGGGAGGAUACCCGAAAAUUGGUGUAAAGUAUCUUAUCCAAGCUUGAAACCGUUGCCUAGCUAUGUAUCCGACUUUAUCGAACGUUUGGCGAUGCUGCAAGAUUGGUACCAAAACGGUAAACCCACUACGUUUUGGUUGUCUGGUUUCUUUUUCACGCAGGCUUUUCUUACAGGUUCUGUUCAAAAUUACGCCAGAUCUAAAAAGAUUCCUAUAGACUUGUUAGUGUUUGACUUUGAGGUGCGGAAAACAGAUUAUGAACUAGUGGCUCCUGAAUCAGGAGUCUAUGUUAUAGGUCUUUUUAUGGAUGGUGGUCGUUGGAAUCGAAAUAAAUCCACAAUAGAUGAACAACUGCCUAAAAUAUUGAAUGACAACAUGCCUGUUAUUUGGCUAUAUCCAAAGCUAAAGUCUGAAUUCCAAGAAGGUUUAAGAUACAAGUGUCCCCUAUACAAAACACUGGAAAGAAAAGGUGUAUUAGCUACUACAGGUCAUUCUUCUAAUUUUGUUUUAGCCUUUUUUCUGCCGUCUGAUAAACCAUCUGCACAUUGGAUCAAAAGAAGCGUUGCUUUAUUACUGCAACUUGACAAUUAG